AUGGCCGAUUACAGUACAUAUCAUAACUCUGGCUAUGCCGGCGCUCCAGGGGAGGAUCCAAACAGACAACAGUCAGGCGUGCCCGCGCCGUAUUACAACCCGAAUGCCCCUUCUGGCCAAGCUAUACAACAACAACCCGGAAUACCUCCCUAUGGAGCAGCACAACCUCCUCAGUUUGCUAGACAGCCUGGUGUCGGCUAUGGACCGGGGCCUAUGUCUUCGCCACCACAAGGUCUAGGAGGAAAUCCCGUGGGUGGUUUGGCUACUCAGAUGGAAGGACUGGGCAUAAGUUCAGACGCCGGUGCUCGCGGCCACAAGAAGAAGCAUCGACAUGCGCAUCACGAUAUUGGAGGUCCCAACGCCCAGGGUAUCAACACCUUCCCUUCGCAGAACAACCUACAGUCACAAUUCCUCAAUACUGGGUUGAAUCAACCAGAGCAACACCCAGCAGCCCCAGCACCUUUCCCUGGAGCUCCGGCUGGGCAAGUACCUGCUAAUGUUGCACCAAGCGCUACCCCAGACAUAGGAGGAGGAGGAGUUGGGUCCGUUCCUACACAAGGGAAAAUUGACCCCGAACAGAUCCCCAGCGUCCCUAGAUCGCGAGACCUUCCCGCACAAUACUAUUUCAACCAUGUCUACCCUACGAUGGAACGGCAUGUCCCUCCGCCGGCCUCUAUUCCGUUCAUCGCUCAUGAUCAGGGCAACGCAUCGCCAAAAGUUGCGCGGCUAACCCUUAACAAUAUCCCGUCAUCAUCAGACUUUUUGCAAUCGACCGGCCUCCCCCUAGGUAUGAUUUUACAGCCACUUGCGAAGCUGGAGGCUGGUGAACAACCCGUACCAGUGAUCGAUUUUGGCGACACAGGGCCACCAAGAUGUCGAAGGUGUAGGACAUACAUCAAUCCGUUCAUGACGUUCCGCUCCGGAGGCAACAAGUUUGUUUGCAAUAUGUGCACUUUCCCGAACGAUGUGCCACCCGAAUAUUUUGCUCCUGUCGAUCCGUCUGGAGUACGCGUCGAUCGUUUGCAACGACCUGAGUUGAUGCUGGGGACGGUUGAAUUUACAGUACCCAAGGAAUACUGGGUGAAGGAACCAGUUGGCUUGCGACAACUCUUUUUGAUUGAUGUUAGCCAGGAGUCCGUAAAUAGAGGGUUUUUGAAGGGAGUAUGUGACGGCAUUGUUAAUGCUCUCUACGGCGACGAAGAGGAGGAGCAGGCAGAGGGGACCGAAACUGAGUCGCGAAAGGUUCCUGAAGGGUCAAAGAUUGGCAUUGUCACAUUUGACAAGGAAAUACAUUUCUACAAUCUCUGCGCUCGUCUCGACAAAGCGCAGAUGAUGGUGAUGACUGAUUUGGAAGAGCCAUUCGUCCCUCUUAGCGAAGGCCUUUUUGUAGAUCCUUAUGAAUCAAAGGCCGUCAUCACAUCUUUACUUGAGCAAUUACCAACCUUGUUUGCACGUGUCAAGAGCCCCGAAUCCGCUUUACUACCCACGAUUAAAGCAGGUAUAUCCGCAUUGCAAUCGUCAGGCGGCAAGAUCAUUUGUUGUUUAGCUAGUCUCCCUACAUAUGGACCAGGCAAGCUUGUUAUGAAAGACAAGAGCCAGGCGCCUGAUGGAGAGAAUAAGCUAUUUGCCAUCGAUAAUCCAGACUACAAGGCGGUUGCAAGCAAAUUGACAGAGGCCGGCGUGGGCAUUGACUUUUUUGUUGCGGCACCAGGUGGAUCAUUUAUGGACUUGACGACGAUAGGUUAUACGGCUGCUAUUUCUGGUGGUGAAUGCUUUUUCUAUCCCAACUUCCACUCCCCUCGGGAUUUAUUAAAACUAUCGCAAGAAAUAACUCACACAGUAACCCGUGACACUGGAUAUCAAGCACUGAUGAAAGUACGAUGUUCCAAUGGGCUUCAAGUUUCAGCAUAUCACGGCAACUUCUUACAGCACACCUUCGGCGCAGACCUUGAGAUUGGCACUAUAGAUGCUGAUAAGGCGCUUGGAGUUCUCUUCAGUUACGAUGGAAAGCUUGAUCCUAAACUCGAUGCACAUUUCCAAGCUGCGUUAUUAUACACUGCAGCCAAUGGCCAGCGACGAGUCCGGUGUAUCAAUGUCGUAGCUGGUGUUAAUGAGGGGGGCAUUGAGACGAUGAAGUGCAUUGACCAGGAUGCCGUUGUUGCCAUUAUUGCCAAGGAAGCUGCCUCGAAAGCUGGAGACAAGACAUUGAAGGAUAUUCGUGCCAGUAUCACGGAGAAGACUGUGGACAUCUUUUCUGGAUAUCGCAAGAAUUUCUCUGGGUCGCAUCCCCCUGGUCAGCUGGUUCUGCCGGAGAAUCUCAAAGAAUUCUCAAUGUACAUGCUUGGGUUGAUCAAGUCAAGAGCCUUCAAGGGAGGAAGCGAGACUGCGGAUCGACGUGUACAUGACUUACGAAUGCUCCGUUCUAUUGGAUGUCUGGAGUUGUCGUUGUAUCUGUAUCCGCGAAUCAUCCCAAUUCACAACUUGAGUGCUGAGGACGGGUUUGCCAAUGAACAAGGCCAACUGCAGGUUCCUCCUGCAUUGCGGGCAUCCUUUUCCCGCAUUGAAGAAGGCGGCGCAUAUCUCGUUGACAAUGGACAAAGCAUGCUCCUCUGGAUGCACUCCUUCGUAUCCCCCAACUUGAUUGAAGACCUCUUUGGCCCCGGAAUCACAUCCCUCCAGGCCCUAGAUCCGAACACGUCAUCUCUCCCAGUCCUUGACACGCACUUGAAUGCCCAAGUGCGCAAUCUACUUCAAUAUCUCUCUACUGUCCGUGGAUCCAAAGCAGUCACCAUCCAACUAGCGCGACAAGGUAUCGACGGUGCAGAAUACGAGUUUGCGCGAUCCUUAGUGGAAGACCGCAACAACGAGGCGCAGAGUUAUGUUGAUUGGCUGGUGCAUAUACACCGCCAAAUCAAUUUGGAGUUGGCAGGACACCGGAAGAAGGAGGACAGUGCUACUAGUUCGGGUGAAGGGGCACUUUCUAGUCUUACGGGAAUACGAGCACCGUAUUGGUGA